AUGGAGCAGUGCACUUCAGAACCAGAUAAACAAUCAGAAAAAGAUCUAGAAGAAGUAUGUGAGAAAAUGAACGUGGUAGCAGAAUCGAAUGAGGAUUCGUCGGUAAAACCAGCGACGAAAAAGACAAAGAAACAGAAAAAGAAGUCUGGAAAAUGCACAAAUGGUCACGAUGAGGCUGAGUUCAAAGAAAAUGAGACAGGAGACAUUUCAGUUGACUGUAGUGAAAUCGCCUCUUCUUCUAAUAAAGUGUCAAGCGAAUCAUCCAUAUCUCAAGCUCCAAAUAUCUCACGUCAAUCAGACCCUCCUUCUAUACCUAUUUGUCAAUUGUAUCCCAAUGGCGAUUUCCCAGUCGGUGAAAUUAUUAAUUAUGAACCAAUCACUGAUGGUCGUACAGCUAUCAACCGCACAACGUCAGAAGAAUGCAAAGCCCGUGACAGUGCUCAUGAAGAGAUCUAUCAACAAUUUCGUGAAGGUGCAGAGGUUCACAGGCAAACAAGAAAUUAUAUUAAAAAAUGGAUACGUCCCGGUGUUCGUCUCAUUGACAUGUGUGAAGAACUUGAACGCACUAGCCGUGCACUCAUUUUAGAACGUGGACUAGACGCGGGUUUAGCUUUUCCAACAGCUUGUCCACUUAAUAAUUGUGCAGUUAAUUACACUCCGACUAGGGGUGACAAUACUGUUCUAAAUUACGAUGAUGUAUGCAAAAUCGAUUUUGGGGUACAUGUAAAUGGUAAGUCAACAUUGUUUUGA